AUGUGCGAAUCACGACCACAUCUCCUGGGCCUGCCAGCCGAGGUCCGCAACAUGAUCUGGGAGUUUGUCUUCCCAGCGCUCCCUCUGCCUGCCGGAAGCAGGACGAGCUCUCUAGAGGAAAAGGGAGAGGGAGAAGAAAGAGAAGAAUCAGCAACAGCAACAUCACCAUCAGCAGAAAGUAGUGUCGCUCUCCAGCAGUCCGCGUCGACCGACAACCGCACCGCAUACGCCCAAGCCGAGAACAAGCGGAACCUCGCCGUCCUCCUUACCUGCCACCAGAUCCACCACGAAGCGUCGCUCCUCGCCUUUGCCCGCACGACGUUUGAAAUACAGCUGCAGCGGCACGGGCUGCUAGCUCACCGCCUGUCGGUGCUACGGCCGCCACAAGUGCGCGCGAUGCGCUCGCUGGCCUUCACGGCGCCGCUGCGGCACCGCCUGACCAAGAGCGGCGGCGGGGUGGUGGCGUGGGAAGGCGACACGCGGCCGCUGCUGUUCCCCGUGUACGUGCAGUGCCGCAAGCUGCUGUGGGAGGCGCUGCGGCUGCUGCCGGGGGUGCGGAGCGUCGGGUUCGUCGUGGGCGAGGGAGGGGCGGUCGAGGCGGUCGGCGGCGCGAGGUUCUUCUUCGACACGGUCGUGGGCGUGGGCUUGGUGGAGAGGGGCAAGAGGGGAGAGCUGCACUCGUGGGGCGGUAGGUGGCAGGUGUUGGCGGGCGAGGCGGACAGGAGCGUGUGGCUGGUGGAGAGCGCGGACGAGGAAGGGUGCGAGAGGAUGAUGGGGCUAGAGUCUCGGGGGGUCAAGCGGCAGGUCAGGGUCGAGCUGGCUAGAUUCUGA